UGUGUCUGUAGCUUGACCCCGCGAUGUACAGGGGGAACGGUGCCGCGUGCGAAUCGCACGACGACUUACGCGCACCCGCAUGGCCAAAUGAGUGAGCAUCACUGCAGGCGCCGCAAGCAGCUGAGCGGUGGCCCGCACGAGAGUUUGGCCAACUGAAAAAUAAAGACCAGCAAGAAGCACUUUGAAGGUCACCUGCGCGCUUUUCUUUCCUCCUCUCCAAUCUGGUACGUUACCUCUCUCGACGCUUCUUUUUUUUUUUUUUGUAGCUCUCAGUUCAGUUGUAUUUAGUUCAUGCACGUGGUCUCUCGUCUACAGGGUAUACUGCAGUUUGUUUAUUUCUCUCGCCCUUCUUGGCCCUCUCUCCCGGAGUCGUCGGAGUCAGGUGCAACACGUGGGGGCACCCCCAUAUCAGCUGGCGCCAUCUUAACCGCACGGGCGCUGUCUCUUUUCGUCGUUUUUUUUUUUAUUCUGACGUUCUGCUUCCGCUCACUCUCAAAUACUCAGUGACUGCCACAUGGGUCGUCCGCUUUCACACUGCGGGAGACUCGCGCAAGCUAGGGGGCUGGUGUUCCGCGAAAUCGGCUGACGACUCCGUUGCCUCCGGUUGCACGGUCGGCCGACCAGCAGCACACUCCUCUCCUCCCGACAUUCUGAGCAAGCCCAGCACACCUUUCGGGUGCCCCCCCCCCUUACCCCCGCCUUGCUCAGGACACGCAGCCUUCUCCACCCCUUCCCGGGCGAUUUCGCUUCCGAGAGGGUUGUUGCACCGGACGCGGGCACUUUGAGUUGCCGUGUGCGUGGUCCGCUCUCCGGCCUGGGAAACACGGCCUGCUGCAAGCGUGUCUCCGGCCCCCACGAGCCGACCGCCCGCUCCUCGAGCCUCGUUAUAAAAAGCGGCUUUCGAAGUCGGCCCGGCUACAAUCCGCUGCCGAGCUCUCCAGACAGCUGACACCGCCACCAACAUGAGCCGCCUGCUGCCCUUCGCUGCCCUCUUGGCCCUCCUGGGUCUAGCCCUGGCUGCCCCGGCCGAGGAAGUUGCUCCACCCGCUGAGGUUCCUGCUGAAGAGGCCAAGCCCGCCCCUGAAGGCCAGAAGCCUGUUGAGGGACGCACGGGCUUCUACCCGGGAUAUGGCGUUGGGGCCUACGGUUCUGGCUUCAACCGCGGUGGAAGCUUUGGCCUGGGUGGCUACGGAAACACUCAUGGGCAGGGUGGCUUUGACUACAAUUACGGAGGCACCAACCGCCGCGACUACGGCAACGUGCAGACCUACGGAGAUCGCGAGGCCUUCGGUGUGGCCCAGAACGCCGGCGCCAACCGCCGCUACGGGCAGGGCAGCUUCGGAAACGCCUACAACAACCAGGCCCAUGGAGCUGGGGCCAAUAGCUACGGUUUGGGAUACCAGGCAGGCUACCUCGGCUAUCCUCCUAGAGCCGUCACCGCCAUGAAGCCGCUGUGCGUUGUCGUCUUGCUGGCGCUGUGCGCCAUCGCCUCUGCCAAGAAGGAGAAGGUCGAGGGCCGUGGGGCCCUACUCGGAGCUGGAGCGGGCGGCUGCUGCCCCUGCACUGGUGGCCUUGGAGUCGGUGGCGUGGGCCUAGGCACCGGCCUCGGUGGAGGCAGCAGCUACAACAGCGGUAGCUACAGCUCUGGCUCGGGCUAUGGCUCUGGUGUUGGCGCGGGUGCAGGAUUGGCCUCAGGUGCUGGACUUGCCUCGGGCGCUGGACUUGCCUCAGGUGCUGGACUUUCCUCCGGUGCUGGACUUGCUUCGGGUGCAGGCCUUGCUUCUGGUGCCGGACUUUCCUCAGGUUCUGGACUUGCCUCGGGUGCCGGACUUGCCUCAGGUGCCGGACUUGCCUCAGGUGCCGGACUUGCCUCAGGUGCCGGACUUGCCUCAGGUGCCGGACUUGCCAAAGGUGCCGGACUUGCCUCAGGCGCCGGACUCGGUGCUGGGGCUGCCGGUGCUGGCCUCGGAGUAGGAGGAGUCGGCGUUGGAGCUGGCGUCCCUCUGGCCAGCCCCGGAGUAGGGGUUGGCGUUGGCGGAGUUGGUCUUGGAGGUGGCCUUGGUGGUGGCCUUGGAGGUGGUUUCGGAUCAUCCUCGGGCUACUCGGGCUUCAAGCAGGGCUCUGGAUUCAACAACCAGGCAGGAGCAAACAAGGCCGGUCAGGGAAGCUUCGCCUACAACGUCGGCGGCUCGGAUAGCAACAAGUACGGCCACAGUUCCACGUACGGAGACUCCAAGAGCUUCGGCAAGAGCGCAAGCGAGGGCUUCAACCGCGCCUCGGGCCAAGGAAGCCAUGGUAGCUCGUUCAACAAGGCCGCCGCGGGAUCCGGAGCCCAGAGCUCCAGCUCCGGCAGCAAGGUUGUUUCCGCACUCUGUUCCAUUUUUUCUUCUUGUGUGCUAAUUCGCGAUUUGUAUGAUUUGCAGCUAGUUUUAUCGUGUCUGCUUCCCCUGUGCCUCCUUGUGCUUGCCGAAGACAAGCCGGCCGAUGAGAAACCAGCUGAAACAACAACAGUGGCAUCCGCUGACGAUGACAAGAAGGAAGGCGAUGAGAAGAUCGAAGGUCGCGGGCUCUUCCUGAGCGGCGGUGGGCUCGGCGGUGGCCUCGGCGGCUGCCCACCAUGCCCCUGUGGCUACGGACCGGGAGUGAGCGGCGGAUAUGGUGGAGCAGGCUACGGUUCCAGCUUGGGUGGUAGCUACGGUGCCGGAGGAGGUGCCUACGGAGGAGGUUACGGCGGAGGCUACCGCGGUGGCUACGGUGGUUCCUAUGGAGGUGGCUACGGUGGAGGCGUUCGUCCAGGUGUAGGCAUCGGAGGCGCUAGUUACGGUGGAGGCGUUCGUCCGGGUGUGGGCAUUGGAGGCGCUGGUUACGGAGGUGGAGUCGGUUCUGGCUACGGAGGAGGAGUCGCUCCCGGUGUUGGUGUUGGUCCUGGAGGACCUGUUGGUCCUGUUGGUGGUCCUGGUGUGGGCGUCGGUCCCGGUAUCGGUAAGGGAGUAGUCGGAGGACCCGUUGGAGGACCCAUUGGAGGACCUGUUGGAGGCGCUGUUGGGGUCGGUCCCGGCCUCGGCAAGGGAGUCGUUGGAGGACCCGUCGGAGGACCUGUCGGAGGUGCUCUCGGUGUUGGUCCCGGAGUUGGUGGCGUUGGCGAACCCGGCGUGGGUGUUGGGCCGGGAGUUGGCGGAAUCGGCGGAGGCUACGGAGGCGGCGUCGGUGGUGCGGCUGCUGCGAGUUCGGGCUAUGAGAGUGCCGGAGGUUUUGCUAAUAAGGCCGCUGGGCAGGAAGCUGGCCAGGGAAGCUUUGCCUACAAUCUUGGAGGCUCGGACAAGAAGGUCUUCGGGCACAGCUCGUCCUACGGAGAUUCGAAAAGCUUCGGCCUGAGUGAAAGCGAGGGCUUCAACCGAGGCGAAGGUCAGUCAAGCCAUGGUAGUGCCUUCGGCAAGGAGGCUGCCGGGUCUGGAUCCGUGUCCCAAAGCUCUGGAAAGGAGGUGGUCGUCGGCUGAAUUAUUUUUAUGGAUGUCUGUUUGUGUGCUGGUCACCAACGCAGUUUUCCAUUAGUACAAUGAAGCUCGCAACUAUAUUCCGCCUGUGCCAUAGUCUUCGGAGCUUCGUGCAGUAAGAAGCGAUACUUCUACACUACACACUAAUUAAUAACACGGUACCACUUCGAAGAACUACAACGCAAUAUAUAUUUUGUUUCCUCAAUGGGAAUACCCACAUAUGCCAAACAUUGCAGAAGCGAGUGCCAAAAAACGAAGCUAUCCUGCACAGAAGUAUCUGCAAUAAAGGUAUCUUCAUAAAGUUCGA